CCCGGCUCCACCCCGGCCCGACCCGUGAGAGUCGGGUCGCAGACGCGCGUGCCCGCUGCACCUGCCUCGGCUUGGCCCCAGGCGGCCCGAGGGCCUGAGCCGGGCCGCCUGCCCCCGCAGCGUCUGCCCCCGCAGCGUCUGCCCCCGCUGCGUCUGCGAGGGACGCCGCCCGAGGAUCGCAGCGGCCUCGAUGUCCCCCACCCCCUCCCUGUCCAGUGUCUGGGAGCCCCGUGAGGGCCGAGCGGGCAGGGGCUGCGGUGACGCGGGCGGGAGCCGGGGGCCGAGAGGCCGGCGGCGGGGGUGCCCGCGCGCUCCGAAGGCUGGAAGCGCUCUCCCUCGCCUCAGCCUGGUGGGGAGGCGUCCCUCGCUCCCGUCAUGGCUGCGAGAGGAGACGACGUCCUCCAUCUUGUCGGGGCCGCGGGCGGAACUCGGGGCAACUCCGACUCGUCCCGGCCCGGGCUGGGUCCCGCCGCCCGGACGCGAGGACAGCGCCCUCUGCCGGCUCCACACCUGGCCCCGGCCGGCGCGACGGGGCCCGGCCCGGAUGCCGCUCCCGCCCCCGCCAGCCAAGAUGGAGGCGGCUGCGGGUCCACGAGCGGGGCGCCCGCCUGUCGGAAGGGCUGGGCCGGCCCCCGAGCCUCUGCCCUCGUCGGCGCCCAGGCGGACGAGGCCCCGGGCCGGCUCCGCGGCGGGAGGGAGCGCAGAUUGAGCCCCCUUUGAUUAUUUCUUCUGGAGACUGGUAAAGGCACGGGUUUACUGAGUGACAGACACAGAUCAACGAAGACAAAAGCACUGUUAAUGGAUUGAUGAGAGUCCCGUGUAAUCUUAAGUCCUGUGGUACUUACUGUACCGUCAAGACCAUCUUGAUUCAGAAAAUGCAGAAACACCCUUCAUGAUAAAACCACUCAACUAACUAGGAAGAGAAGGAAACUACCACCACAGAAUAAAAGUCAUGUAUGAAAAACCUCAGCUAACAUCAUUCUCAAUGGUAAAGGACUGAAAGCUUUUCCUCUAGGAACGGGAACAAGGCAAGCAUGCCACUUUCACCACUACUAUUAAACAUAGUACUGGAAGUUCUAACCAGAGCAAUUAGGUAAGAAAAAGAAAGGAAAGAUAUCCAAAUUGAAAAGGAAGAAGUAAAAUGAUCUCUCUUUGCAGAUCAUAUAAUCUUACAUACACAAAACCCUAAAGACUCCAGAAAAAAAGCUUUUAGAACUAACAAAUGGGGACUUGCCUGGUGGUCCAGUGGUAAAGGAUCCACCUUACAAUGCACGGAUCGCGGGUUCCAUCCCUGGUCAGGGAACUAAGAUCCCACAUACCGAGGGGCAACUACGCCUGCAUGCCACAACUACUGAGCUUGUGCACCUCAACUAGAGAGCCUGUGUGCCACAAACUACAUGUGCCUUGGAGCCUGCAGGCCACAACUAGAGAGAAGCCCGCGCCCCACAAUGAAGAGCCUGCAUGCGGCAACAAAAGAUGCUGCAUGCCUCAACAAAGAUCCCACGUGCCGCAACUAAGACCCAAUGCAGCCAAAAAUAAAUAAUUUUUUAAAAAACUAAUAAAUGAAUUCAGCAGAGUAACAGAAUACGAACUCAAACCCCAAAAAUCAGUUGCAUUUCUGUACACUAACAGUGAACAACCUGUAAAGGAUAUUAAGAAAACAAUUCCAGGGAAUUCCCUGGCAGUCCAGUGGUUAGAACUUGACGCUUUCACUGUGGUCGCCUGGGUUCAAUCCUGGGUCGGGGAACUAAGAUCCCGCAAGUGGCACGGUGCAGCCAAAACAACAACAACAAAAAAAUAAUUCCAUUUACAGUAGAAUCAAAAAGAAUAAAAUACCUAACGAACAUAAUCAAGUAGAUGAAAGACUCAUACAAUGAAAACUACAAAACAUUGCUGAAGUAAAUUUAAAAAGACAUAAAUAAAUAGACAUCCUAUGGUCACGGAUUGGAAGACUUAAUAUUGUUAAGAUGUCAGUGUUACCCAAAGCAAUCUGUAGAUUUAAUGCAAUCUUUAUCAAAAUCUCAGUGACAUUUUUACAGAAAUAGAAAAAUCCAUUCUGAAAUUCAUAUGGAGUCUCAAGGGACUCCAAAGUGUCAAAACAAUCUUGGAAAAGAAGAAAGCUGGAUGACUGACACUUCCUGACUUCAAAACUUACUAUAAAAGUUCAGUAACCAGACUUCCCUGGUGGCGCAGUGGUUAAGAACCCACCUGCCAAUGCAGGGGACACGGGUUCGAGCCCUGGUCCGGGAAGAUCCCACAUGCCACGGAGCAACUAAGCCCGUGCGCCACAACUACUGAGCCUGUGCUCUAGAGCCCGAGAGCCACAACUACUGAGACCCGCAUGCCUAGAGCCUGUGCUCUGCAGCAAGAGAAACCACCGCAAUGAGAAGCCCGUGCACCGCAAUGAAGAGUAACCCCCGCUCUCUGCAACUAGAGAAAGCCUGCGUGCAGCAAUGAAAGAUAUUGCAUGCCUCAACGAAGAUCCAACAUGCUGCAACUAAGACCCGACGCAGCCAAAAAUAAAUAAAAAAAUUUUUAGAAAUGACACAAAUGAACCUAUCUAUGAAGGAGAAAUAGAAUCACAGACAUAGAGAACAGACUGGUGGUUGCCAAGGGGGAGGGGGUUGAGGGAGGGAUAGAGUGGGAGGUUGGUGUUAACAGAUGUAAGCUUUUAUAUAUAGAAUGGAUAAACAAAAAGGUCCUACUGUAUAGCACAGAGAACUAUAUUCCAUAUCCUGUGAUAAACCAUAAUGGAAAAGAAUAUUUAAAAAAACAUAUAUAUGUAUAACUGAAUCACCUUACUGUACAGAGUAAUUAACAAAACAUUGUAAAUCAACAUACUUCAAUUAAAAAAACAAACAGAAAACAGUGUGACACUGGCACAAAGUUAGACAUAUAGAACAAUGCAACAGAAUCCAGAAUCCAGAAAUAAACUCAGUCAUACAUUGUCAAUGAUUUUUGACAAGGGUGCCAAGACCAUUCAAUGACAAAAGAAGAGUGUUUACAAUAAAUGGUGCUGGGAAAACCAGAUAUUCACAUGCAGAAAAAUGAAGCUAGACCAUUACCCAACAACACAUAGAAAAUUAGCUCAAAAUGGAUCAAAACCUAAAUGUAAGAGCUAAAACUUAGAAAACAACAUUGUGUAAAAGCUUCACAAUAUUGAUUUGGCAAUCAUUUCUUGGAUAUGACACCAAAAACACAGGUAACAAAAGAUAAAGCAAACUGGACUUCAUGAAAAUUAAAUUUGGGGGGCAUCAAAACACACUAUCAACAGAGUAAAAAGGCAACUCACAGAAAGAGAGAAAAUAUUUGCAAAUCAUGUAUCUGUGAGGGAUUAAUAUCCAGAAUAUAUAGAGAACUCCUGAAACUCAGUAGCAAAAAGCAGCCCAAUUAUAAACUGGCAAAGGACAUAAAUAGACAUUUCUCCAAAGAAGAUAUACAAGUUGCCAAUAGCACAUGACAGGAUGCUCAAUAUCAGUAAUCACUAGAGCACAGUAAAUCAAAACUACAAGGAAGAAUGUCAGGGUUCAAUUUCUGAUUCCACAUCUAAGGCACUUGGAAGUUGCCACUUUGUCCUAAAAACAAAUGAAAAGCUAAAUAGACCGAAAAAUCGACAACUCUACCAGGAUCCAUAAGUGAGUUGAGGACACAAGGCAAACCACAUCCCUCAGGACUGGAGGAACAGACCGUCCAACACAGGGAGCCCUGGUUGGCCUGAGCAAGACCGGGAGUGGAACUGCCCAUGGGAACCAGUGCUAUGGUCGGAAAACCUGAAGAGUGGCUGGAGGCUCAGUGUGGAUAAUUUUUUUUUAAUAUUUAUUUAUUUUUAUUUUUGGCUGCGUGGACUCUCUAGUUGUGGCGCACGGGCUUAGUUGCCUAGCAACAUGUGGGAUCUUAGUUCCCCGAAAGAACCUGUGUCCCCUGUGUUGGAAGGCAGCUUCUUAACCACUGGACCACCAGGGAAGUCCCUCAGUGUGGAUAAUUUUGAGAGUUAAAAAGCUGAAGAGGACCCAGUCGGGGAAGGGGGUGGGCACAGUUCUGUGAGUUUUACAUCCAGGAGCUUGACCAGGUUCUUACAGUAAAUAUCAGGAAAAAUCCCUUCUUGCUUCCUGCAGUGGGCAGGGAAAGGGAACUGUUUUGAAGCCAGAGCACACCGUUCUUUUUAACAACCUGCCCUCAGGAGAAACUAUGUAACCAGAGCCUAACCUGACCUGGGGGAAGGGAAACACCCAGCUUCAGCCCCCUCUGGCCUCUCACCUGAGAGAAGGCAAAUAUCCAACUCCAGCCCACCCUGACCAUCCUCUCCCGGGAAAUGUGAAGAAAUAAAACAACAGAAAACGCUUGUGAAGUUCACAGUUCCCAGUUCACAGGCUCCUUAAGACCAAGACCCAGUCAUAGGGCUUUGGAUGGCUUCCCCUCUCUCCCCACCUCAUUACAAAGGGCCUAAUCACAGCAGUUCCUUUCACCCAGCAUAUUAUGUCUGGCAAUCGAGACAUAUAAGGCAUACCAAAAGGCAAAAGACAGGGGUAAGGACUUCCCUGAUGGUCCAGUGGUUAAGACUCCGUGCUUCCAGACGUAGAGAAUGAACUUGGGAAGGGUAAGCUAGGACGAACCAAGAGAGGGGCAUGGACAUAUAUACACUACCAAAUGUAAAAUAGCUAGUGGGAAGAAGCCGCAUAGCACAGGGAGAUCAGCUCUGUGCUUUGUGACCACAUAGAGGGGUGGGAUAGGGAGGGUGGGAGGGAGACGCAAGAGGGAGGAGAUAUGAGGAUAUAUGUGUGUGUAUAGCUGAUUCACUUUGUUAUAAAGCAGAAACUAGCACACCAUUGUAAAGCAAUUAUACUCCAAUAAAGAUGUGGAAAAAAAAAAAAAGACUCCAUGCUCCCAGUGGGGGCCGGGUUCAAUCCCUAGUCAGGGGACUAGAACACACAUGCCACAACUAAGAUCCCGAGGGCCGCAACUAAGACCAGGCGCAGCCAAAUAAAUAAAUAUUGGGAAAAAAAAAAGGGGUAAAGAAGGGCAUUAAUAAGUCGAUUUUCCAAGAAGACUUACAGCUCUUAACGUGUACAUUCUUCCCAAGCUCAUAUGGGUAGAUCACUUUCUGGGUCAUUGAACACACCUUAAAUUUAAAAGAAUAGAAAUUCUACAGUGUCUGAUCUUAGACCACAGUGUAAUUAACCUAGAAUUAAAUAACAGAAAGAUAACUGGAAAAAUCCCCAAACAAACAGGGACUAAACAACACACUUUUAGAUAACAUGAGUCAAAGAAGAAAUCCCAAAAGAAACUAAAGUAUUUUGAACUAAAUGAAAAUGGAAAUACAACUUACCAAAAUUUGUGGGAUACAGUGAACGUAGUACUUAGAGUGAAAUUUAUAGCACUGAACGCAUAUGCUGGAAAAGAAGAAAGAUCUACAAUUAGUCAAAGAAAUUUCCAUCUAAGGAAACUAGAAAAAGAAAAGCACAUUAAAUAAAAAGUAAGCAGAAAACAAGAAAUAAGAAUUAGAGCAGAAACCAAUUAAAUUUGGGCAUAACCUACUUGAAAUAGACCAAUUCCUUGAAAGACACAACCUGCCAAAACUCACACAUGGAGAGACAGACAACCUGAAUACUGUGUAAUUAAAAAAAAAAAAACUUGAAUAAAAAGUUUUUAAAAAGUACACAUGAGCCAACUUUAAAUGGGUCUCACUAACUGUAGUAGACUGAAUAAUGUCUCCCAAAGAUAUCAGUUUCUAAUCCCUGCAGUCUGUAACUGUUUCUUUAUACGGCAAAGGUUUGCAAAUGUAAUUGAAUUAAGGGUCUUGAGUUAGGCAGAUUAUCGGAGAAUCAGUGAGGGCCCUAAGUGCAGUCACAUAUAUCCUUAUACGAGGGAUCCGUGUAAGAUCUGACACACAGAGAGAAGAAAGCAACGUGACCAUGGAGGUAAACGUUGGAAUGCGGUGGCUCCAAGUGAAGGUGCGCAGUGCCCGCCAGAAGCUGGAAGUGGUAAGGAAUGGGUUUGGGCCUGAACCUGCAGAGGGAACGCAGCCCCGCCAACACCUCGCGUUUGGCCCGGUUAAAC